AUGAGCUCCCUCGCUGCUGCCCGCUACGGCAAGGACAAUGUCCGCGUUUACAAGGUUCACCGCGAUGAGAAGACCGGUGUCCAGACCGUCGUUGAGAUGACCGUCUGCGUCCUGCUCGAGGGUGAUAUCGAGACCUCCUACACCAAGGCCGAUAACAGCGUUGUCGUCGCCACCGACUCUAUUAAGAACACCAUCUACAUCACUGCUAAGCAGCAGCCCGUCACUACUCCCGAAGUGUUCGGCUCCAUCCUCGGCACACACUUCAUCGAGAAGUACUCGCACAUCCACGCCGCCCACGUCAACAUCAUCACCCACCGCUGGGUGCGCAUGAACAUCGACGGCAAGGCCCACCCCCACUCCUUCAUCAAGGACAGCCCCGAGACCCGCAACGUCCAGGUCGACGUCAUCGAGGGCAAGGGUAUCGAUAUUCACUCCUCCAUUGACGGCCUGACCGUCCUCAAGAGCACCGGUUCCCAGUUCUGGGGCUUCCUCCGUGACGAGUUCACCACCCUCAAGGAGACCUGGGACCGUAUUCUCAGCACCAAGGUUGCUGCUGGCUGGCAGUGGCGCCGCUUCGCUAGCCUGCAGGAUGUCAAGACCAACACUCAGAACUUUGACUAUGCCUGGGAGACUGCUCGUAACACUACCCUCAAGACUUUCGCUGAGGAUAACUCUGCCAGUGUGCAGGCUACUAUGUACAAGAUGGGUGAGCAGAUUCUGGCUGCCGUGCCUCUGCUCGAGACUGUCGACUACGCUCUGCCCAACAUUCACUACUUUGAGAUUGAUCUCAGCUGGCACAAGGGUACCAAGAACACCGGCAAGGACGCCGAGGUGUACGCUCCUCAGUCCGGCCCUAACGGUCUCAUCAAGUGCACCGUGGCUCGCGGCCAGAAGGCCCGCCUGUAA